GACCUGCCUCCUCCCUCCCCGACCUCCCCAUGGCGCCGCCCUUCGCCGCCGCGGCCGUCUCCUCCCACCCCUCUCUCUUCUCCCCGUCGACGUCCCGUCCCGUCAUCCGCCGCCACCUGCCGCCGAGCUCCAUCUCCGUGCGUCCGAGGCGCUGCCCGCCCGCCGCCUCCGCCUCCGCCGCGGCGGCCGAGCCCGCCGGGAAACUCCUUCUCGAGGUGCAUGGGCUUACCGCCUCCGUAAAGGAGACCGGGCAGCAGAUCCUCAAAGGCGUCGACCUCACCAUCCGCGAGGGCGAGGUGCACGCUAUCAUGGGGAAGAACGGCUCCGGCAAGAGCACCCUUACCAAGGUCCUUGUUGGCCAUCCACACUACGAGGUAACUGGUGGUACCAUUAUGUUCAAGGGUGAGAACUUGAUUGAUAUGGAGCCGGAGGAAAGAUCUCUUGCGGGUCUCUUUAUGAGCUUCCAAGCGCCUAUUGAAAUUCCUGGAGUGAGCAAUUAUGAUUUUCUGCUCAUGGCAUUGAAUGCUCGCAGAGAGAAGGAUGGUCUCCCAGCCUUGGGACCUCUUGAGUUUUAUUCAGUUGUAUCACAAAAAGUCGAGGCCUUAAAGAUGGAACCAAAGAUCCUUGAUCGUAAUGUAAACGAAGGAUUCAGUGGUGGAGAAAGAAAGCGCAACGAGAUACUGCAACUUUCUGUCGUUGGGGCUGACUUAGCCCUCCUCGAUGAGAUUGAUUCAGGAUUGGAUGUUGAUGCACUUGAAGAUGUAGCUCAUGCAGUGAAUGGGCUCUUGACUCCCCAAAACUCCGUUCUCAUGAUUACACAUUACCAACGUCUUUUGGAUCUUAUUAAGCCAAGCUAUGUUCACAUCAUGGAAAGUGGCAAGAUAGUGAAGACAGGUGACAGCUCUCUAGCCAGCCACAUCAAUGAGGGUGGCUUCAAAUCAAUCGCUUCUUUUGUAUAGGAUGAAUAAGCAGGUACCUACUGGAUUUACUAUUCCAUAAAGCACAGUUCAGAGAAUACAAUUCUAUUGUUCACCAGUUGGGAGAGGUGGACUAUGCAAAAGUUCCUUAGGUGCAUUCCAGGGCAAAUGGUGCAGAUUAUUAUCCUUUAUCCAUCAGCCACUAACGGUGGGUGGCUACUGACUUAGCCGUUCCUGUUGCAACGAAUUCUUUGCAUUGUUCAGUGCUAAUGCAUCCAAUAAUAACCGAAUCUUUCUGAGUUGGUGCCGCCUCCCUUCCUGGUCAUGCAAGUUGGUCUUGACUUUGUAAUAUAAUACUUGGUAGUGGAUUUUGGUCUUGAUUACGGGUGGAAUCAAAGAUGAACUAUAGAAAAUUCUGAAAGUUCCAUGUAAUAUAUGAAUUAUGGAAGUUGGUCAAAAUUACUUUAUAUAAAAGUAGCAAGUGUUUUUUCU